AUGCUAUUCAUCAAGAGCCUCAUGCUAUGCGCAUCUACCGCAUUAGCCUUCACAACCGUCUCCCAAGUGAACAUCGACAUCACAAUCCUCGACAAGAAUGUCCAAACCCUUACCGCCGAAACUGCCAUUUAUACCGGUGGUCUUGCUCCCGCCACCACCAUUCUCGGCUCUCUAGUCACUGUCUACACAUCCCUUGCCCAAGGCGCCGCAGAUUGCGCCCUUUUACCUCUUGCUCUUUCCGAAUCCGACGCGAUAUCGCUCAUCGAGCAUGUUAAUGCAACACUCGCAAUCGAUAACACAAUUGCUGUGGAUACUCUAAAGAGCAAAAAAGACCUUUUCAAGGCGGAAGGAUUGGAUGGCGCUAUUGUAACCUCGCUAAGCUUGCUAUUGAAGGGGCAUGAAACUUUUGCGGCAUAUGUGCUUCAAAGGCUUCCAGCAGAUCUGGUUGCGGAUGGACAGAAGGUUACAAGCACUAUUACGGUGUCAUUGACUGGAGGAAUUGCAUUUUUCCAGAGCGCAUGA